AUGAUAGGGGAGAGCACUCACCAUCCUUCUGCCUGUCCUUACCUCCUGCUCUCCCUGUAGAUGAGCCCCAAGUCCCUGCAGCAGGGAAAUCUCAGCAGCCCCACCACAUUCCUUCUGUUGGGAUUCUCCAAUGCCUACAGAGCACAGGUGACCCUCUGCCUGUUCUCGCUCAUUUACCUGGUGACAGUGCUGGGGAACCUGCUCAUUGUGACCCUUGUCUGGUUGGAAGCCCACCUGCAAUCCCCCAUGUAUUUCUUCCUGGGCCACCUCUCCUUCCUGGACAUCUGCUACUCCUCUGUUACCCUCCCUAAGAUCCUUGGAGACUCCUUCUCACCACAGAAGACCAUCUCCUUUGUGGGCUGCAUCACACAGAUCUACUUCUUCCUUUGCUUCGGGGGCUCUGAGUGUGUGCUCCUGGCUGCCAUGGCCUAUGAUCAAUACCUGUCCAUCUGCCACGCCCUCCGCUACCCUGUACUCAUGAGCAGGAGGACGUGCCACUGCUUGGUGGCUGUUUCGUGGCUGAGUGGCUCCUUCUCAUCUCUGAUCCAGGCCUUCCUCACAGCCUGUUUGCCCUUCUGUGGCUCCAACAUCAUCGAUGUUGGAUGUGAGAUGCCCUUCUUGCUGCAGGCAUCCUGCAGCCCCAAUGCCCUCAACAAGGCUGCCUUUUAUGCUCUGGCUGGGACUAUUGCGAUGAGCUCCUUCCUCCUCACUUUUGUGUCGUAUGUUCAUAUCAUCGGGGCUGUCCUCCAGAAGGGACCAGGGAUGCAAAAGGCCUUUGCUACCUGCACCUCCCACCUGACCAUGGUGUCCCUGUUCUUCGGCACUGGGGCUGUGGCAUAUCUGGUGCCUCACUCCAGCGGCUUUUAGGAGAUGGACAAGGUCCUUGCCCUGCUGUACGCUGCUGUGACCUCCAUGCUCAACCCCAUCAUCUACAGCUUGAGAAACAGCGGGGUCAAGGGUGCCAUCAGGAAAGCCCUCUGCAGGGGGGAGGUUACAGAAAUCCACUGA